CCCCCGCGCUCCCUUUCCAAACUCCAGGGCGGCGACGAAAGUCCUUCUCAGUUUCUCCCAGGGCGAAGUGCGGCGCUCGGGCCGUGACCCUGCCCCGCAGAGCCCUCGGAGGGUCGCCGGGCCCCUCGGCGGCCGGGUCCCGAGAGCGGAGGGAGCGCCACCCCCAUCCGUAGUGGCGGCCUCCGGGCACCGGCCGCUCGCCGCUAUAAAUAAUCUUUGGCUUGCGGCCACCCCGCGGGGUCUCGCCAGCCGGUGGCCGUAAGCCUGGAAAUAUUUAUUCCGAGAGGCUCGGGAGCGCUAGGCGAGGAGGGCUCUGGGUUCCAGUCCUCGAGGAGGGAGAAAUAUGGCAACGUGUUCAAGACUCACUUGCUGGGUAGGCCGCUGAUACGCGUCACCGGCGCGGAGAACGUGCGCAAGAUUCUCAUGGGCGAGCACCACCUCGUGAGCACCGAGUGGCCUCGCAGCACGCGCAUGCUGCUGGGCCCCAAUACUGUGGCCAACUCCAUCGGCGACAUCCACCGCAACAGACGCAAGGUCUUCUCCAAGAUCUUCAGUCAUGAGGCCUUGGAGAGCUACCUGCCCAAGAUCCAGCUGGUGAUCCAGGACACGCUGCGUGCCUGGAGCAGCCACCCGGAGGCCAUCAAUGUGUACCAGGAGGCCCAGAAGCUGACCUUCCGCAUGGCCAUCCGUGUGCUGCUGGGCUUCAGUAUUCCGGAAGAGGACCUCGGACACCUCUUUGAGGUCUACCAGCAGUUUGUGGAGAACGUCUUCUCCCUGCCUGUUGACUUGCCCUUUAGCGGCUACCGGCGGGGCAUUCAAGCCCGACAGAUCCUCCAGAAGGGCCUGGAAAAGGCAAUUCGGGAGAAGCUGCAGUGCACCCAGGGCAAGGACUAUUCGGAUGCCCUGGACAUCCUCAUCGAGAGCAGCAAAGAGCACGGGAAGGAGAUGACCAUGCAGGAGCUGAAGGAUGGGACCCUGGAACUGAUCUUUGCUGCCUAUGCCACCACCGCCAGUGCCAGCACCUCCCUCAUCAUGCAGCUGCUGAAGCACCCGGCUGUGCUGGAGAAGCUGCGGGAGGAGCUUCGAGCCCAGGGCAUCCUGCACAGUGGUGGCUGCCCCUGCGAGGGCACGCUCCGCCUGGACACCCUCAGUGGGCUGCACUACCUGGACUGCGUCAUCAAGGAGGUCAUGCGCCUUUUCACACCCAUCUCUGGUGGUUAUCGCACCGUGCUGCAGACCUUCGAGCUUGAUGGUUUCCAGAUCCCCAAAGGCUGGAGUGUCAUGUACAGCAUCCGGGAUACCCAUGACACGGCACCCGUGUUCAAAGACGUGAACGUGUUCGAUCCAGACCGCUUUGGUCAGGCGAGGAGUGAAGACAAAGAUGGCCGCUUCCAUUACCUCCCAUUUGGCGGUGGCGUCCGGACCUGCCUGGGCAAGCACCUGGCCAAGCUCUUCCUGAAGGUGCUGGCGGUGGAGCUGGCCAGCACUAGCCGCUUUGAGCUGGCCACCCGGACCUUCCCCCGCAUUACCUUGGUGCCCGUGGUGCACCCCGUGGACGGCCUCAGUGUCAAGUUCUUUGGCCUGGACUCAAACCAGAACAAGAUCCUGCCAGAGACAGAGGCCAUGCUGAGCGCCACGGUCUAACCGCCCCUAGCCCAUCCCCAGCCUCCACCCAGCCAGGCCUGGGGGUGGGAGGGGGUGGAAGGGUAGAAACCUGUGUGUGGGAGGGGCUGAACCUGGAGAAGGGGGAGCAGCCCCUCAGACCUAGCCCUCCCCUGUCCCCUCCCUGGCAAACCCUACCCAAAGCCAACAGGGCCCUGUCCUUCUGGGAAGUGAGGGCUCCCUGCCUGGCUCCUGCUUCUCUCCAGUCUCUCUCUGGUUCCCACCAGCUUAGCUCCUGGGAAAGGGCAUGGCUGGGGACUCCGCAUGCCAGUUACAGUGUUAAAUGUCAGUUGGCUCGUGCUGCAGCAUUUGCUUGUGAUGUUCAGAACUGGUCCCUCCCCUCCUAUUUCUUUUGGACCCUUGUAGUUUGUGAGGGCAGGUGGUUAACAUGAGGGCGGGAGGAAAGAGGUGGCCCCUUUGGCUCUCUUCACCUCCCCCACAUCCUCCCACUUUGGCUCAGACUGGGGCGAGUGCCCCUCCUGGGGUGGCUACCCAGGGCCAGCAUCCUGAGAAACAGAAUGCCAGUCACCCUCGGCCAGCGCUGGGGCUGCAUUCAGCCCGUGAAAUUACCUAUUGCUGCUACUUUUUCUCUCCUCUGACCUUGGGGCAAAGAAGCCCCAGGCUCUGUCCUCCUAGCAUUACCCCUGGUGGCCCUGGGCAUGCGCACUGACAUCCCCCCUUCCCACCAGGAGGCCUGGAGCCCAUUUUGUUACACAGGCAUCUGAGGCCUUGGCUCCUGGGCUGCUCCCUAUGGUGCCCCCUCCCCCAUAUUUAUUCACUGAUGUAACCAAGUCUUGGCAUUACUGGGGUCUGGAACAAGUGUCUCCUGUCCCCUAGCCUUGGGCCCAGGCAGGAAAUCUGCAAGUAACCUACUCUCCUUACAAACUGCAGACUUUUUGUGGGUUCAACUUCAGAGCCUUGCUUCCAGGGUGAAACCCAGCCCCUCUGCCUUUGUUCCCUGGUGGACAGGGAAAUGGCCCGCGACCUCCCUCCGUCUUCUGUCAAAAAUCCCAAUCACUGAUCACAUGGGGAUUUGGAGGCUGCCAAGAUCCCCUGCCUGGCCACCAUUCACCCCAGUGGCCCCACUCCAGCUUGUGAGUAUGGGGCAAGGAUACGGGUUCUUUCUUCUGAUGGGGACGGAGUCCCCCGUCAUCCCUUCCUUAACACUUACCCUUUGUCUUUAGCCCUUGGAAAGGUGUCCUUGACGUCCCUUCCCACCUCUUUGCCACUGUCUGCUUGGGCCAGCUCAGGGGUGUGGGGACGAGGUGAAAGCAAGGGGAGGUGAGUACAGGAGGCAGCCCUUCCCCAGAACUGCCUCAGGCCUCCACAUGGUCUGAGACAUCUGAGGGAGGCUGCAGGAGAGAGGAGGAAGAGGAGGGUACGUGUGAUUUGUCAGAAGUGAUUUGCUUGAAAACUGACCAGUCAGGGAAUGACUGGGGGGAGAGGGGAGUAGCUCCUGCCACUGGCAUUUUGAGUGUUGGCAAUUUGGGGUGCCUCCUAGGGAUGGGCUGGGAGUCUUGGGUGAGUCUAGCAAUUUUUGUCUGUGUUCAGGUUUUUACUUGUUUUCUGUGUUUCUCUACUCACUUUUGAUGUUGUAAAAUCAAGAAUCUUCUUGAUAAGAAAAUCAAAACCACCCAGAAGAACGCAAGACUUCCAGCCCCUAACUGCUUCUUCAAGCAGUGGCCACGUGAGCUGCUCAGUUUCAGAGGGUGGAUGCCAGACUCCCACUCUCACCCCAGUUCACACCUACCUUGUGGUAGACUUUACAGGAAGAGGUUCAGACUAGACAGACUGUUCUAGAAUCCCCUGUCCUCAAGUGUUCCAUCUGGCUCCUCCUUUUUCACUAUUAAAAAACUGCGUAGAACAGACAUUACUGGCAAAAAUGGACGUCUAAAACAAAUUUAGUGAGAUCUUUCAACUCCCCUGCCCCAACACACACCACAUCCUAAAAAAACAGGCAAAAAUAUGUAAAGAUUCAUCAGAGCUUGCAAAACAGCUGCAUGAUGUACUAGAAUCUGUUACCCACAGAAAGGCCCAGAGUCUGGAGGGUCGGCUCUCCAUUAAGCUGGCCCGGGUUGUCCUGAACUCAUGAUGUUGACCGAGUGUCUAAGAACACAGUGAAGGCAGCUUCAGGCUGGAAGUCACUUACCCGGCCCUGGUGUGCGUCGGGAGACUGGAGGGCUCAGGGAAGCCUCAGUGACUUUCCCUGGGGUGACCAGCCUGGGAGGGGGCAGAGAAGGCACAGCUGAGGGGGUUGCCUGUGAGGGAGGAAGGAAGGAUCAUGUGCCCACUGGGUCUCAAAGGCAACAAGAAGAGAACUGAAGAAAGCUCUUGACUGGCUGACAAGGGUUCCAAUGUCGAAAUGCACCCAUCUGUCUAGGUCUGUCUGUGUCUAUGUGUCGUGUAGAGGUUUUAUAGAGGUAGCGCUAGAUGGGUGAUGUUUUCUCACUUACCAUUCCUAACUCUUGUAACUUGACAUUAAAAAGACAAAACUCUAACUGCCAUGGGCUUGCAGAUUGAAGCACUUUCGAUGUUGGGCGCUGGCGUUUGUGUCCUGGGCACCACCCUGGCCCUGCCCGGAGAGCUAUAAUAUUAUUUUAUACACAAGACUUUGUUUUUCAUAAAUGUUAUAAUUUUGUGUCUGUCUUUAUAAACUAUUAUAAGUACUAUUUUUGUUAUAAUUCAAAAUAGAUAUUUAGUAUAAAGUUUUUGCUGUUAAAUAUUUGUUAUUUAGUAAAAUGAAUUUUCCUCUAUUGUAAACAUGGUUCAAAAUAUUAAUAUGUUUUUAUCACAGUUGUUUUAAUAUUGAAAAGCACUUGUGUGUUUUGUUUUGAUAUGAAACUGGUGCCGUGCGAGUGUUUUUGCUGUCAUGUGGUUUUAAUCUGUAUAUAAUAUUCCAUGUUGCAUAUUAAAAAAAUGAAUGUUGUGCAUUUUGUGAUUUUGAAAAUACUCAAUGUGGCUCUUUUAUAGGCUUCUAUAAUAAACCGUG